GAGAAGAAACCUGGAGAUAAACAGCCACAGCACCGCGAACUGGGCCAACGUUGGUUCCGUUGCUGGGUUUAAUGGUGUUAAUGGUGUGUGUCUGUGGCUCUUCUAGUUCGUCCUGAACUCCGAGCCGUGGAGGGUGAAGAGGCCCUGAAUACAUCUCAUUGAGAGUUGUCUAGUAAUAAUGAUGGCGACGGCGGAGCCUCUGAGCAGCUCCAGCUUCCUGCCCCUGCUGGAGUCUCUGGAGGACAACGCUGCUGGACAGUCGGAGCAGACGGACGCUUACCUCACCAUCGCCAGCCGUCUCAGUGGAGAAGAAGGCCGUCAGUUCCUCCCUGCAGUUGAAAAGCACUUUUCUCGUUUGGGUAAAGUCAUCUUGGCUCAUAUCACCGGUCCCAACGCAGAGCUGUGCCAGGCUGCCCUGCAGGUGUUGGGCUUCUGUUUGUACCAUUCUCACGUCGUCUCUGGAGUGCCUGAAACGUUUGCAGCAGAAAUCCUCUCAGCACUUUGUUCCCUGGUGGUGAAGUCGACCGAUAAGAACACGUGCACCAGAGCAUUAUGGGUCGUCUCCAAACAGAGCUUUCCUCCAGACGUGGUCGGCAAAAAGGUGCCGUCUGUACUGGGAUCUCUGGAGAGUGUGUGGAGCAGAGAGGACAUCCAGUCUGUUGUGAUGGAGCACGAGGCCUUAAACGUCAUUAUCAGGCUGCUGGAGCAGGUCCCGGCUCCGAUGGGCGAGGGAGCGCUGCGCUGGGCCAAGCUGGUCAUCCCGCUGGUCGUCCACUCCGCCUCCAAGGUGCGUCUGCGGGCGGCGGCGGCGCUGGAGAUGGGCCUUCCUCUGCUGCUGGAGAAACAGACGGAGGUGGCGGCCAUCAUCGAGCCCCUGAUGUCCACGAAACUGAUCCCAGAGCUGCAGAAACUCUUCACGUCAAAGAAUGAAACUAACGUGCUGAAGCUCUGGCCUCUGUUUGUCAAACUGCUGGGAAAGCUGCUGCACCGAGGAGGCCCCUUCAUCAACUCCCUGCUGCACCUGGAGGAGCUGGGCUUCCGCAGCUCCUCUCCCACCAUCAAAAAGAUCGCCUUCAUCGCCUGGAAGAGCCUCAUCGAUAACUUCGCUCUGAAUCCAGACAUCCUGUGCAGCGCCAAGCGUAUGAAGCUCCUGAUGCAGCCGCUGGCCUCCAUCAACGUGAGGACCGAGGUCCUGCUGCUCACCAAGGUGGAGGUGUGGUGGUACCUGGUGGUCCAGCUGGGGCCCAACCUGUCCCCCCACUUUGAUCAGGUUUCUGUCCCUCUGCUUCAGUGCACCAUCGGCUCAGACUCCCCUUCAGUCCCAGGAACUCCCUCUAGAGCCGUCACUCAAAAUGGAUCUGUCGCACCUGGAACACCAAAGACCGCAGGAGCUCCAGGCUUCAGCGGCCCGGCAGGGACUCCUCGGAUGAACCUGAACUCCAGCGUCAUGGUCCCCUCCACCUUCCCCUCCAUCCAGCUGCUGGGCCUGGAGAUGCUGCUGCACUAUCUCCUGGGUCCAGAUGUUAUCUCCACCGCAGCCAAGAACAAACUCGUCCUGAGUCUCGAGCCGCUGAAGCACCCGCUCAUCUCCAGUUCUUCCUCUUUCACCAAACAUGCUGCCGUGCUCACCUCCAACAUGAGGGAUGGACUCAUCAGCAUCGGGAAAGAGGCUCCAGAUUCUCUGUUGGCCGUCCUGUGGACGAGUCUCGUCCGGUUUGUUAACUUAACUAUAGAGUCCGGCAGCAAGAAGGACCGACAGGGGGGAGAGGUCCUGACCCUGAUGCUGCAGGCUCUGCAGAGCAUCGUCUCCUCAGAGGCUCUGCCUGCUCACAAAGUCCUGAUCCUGUUGGAGGACACGGUCAGAGGGAUUCCUCAGAGAGUUCUUGGCUCCGCCUCCUACCAGGUGGGCAAGAUGGACGUGCUGAACGGAACUCCGGCUCUGUUCCUCAUCCUGCUGCUCUACAACAGCAGCAUGCUGGCUGCCUACGUCGAGGACAAGAGGUUCUUUCAGGUCCUGCAGACUCUGGUGGGCUGCGGUCUGACCGGCCCCACCUCUCCUCUGGCGUUUGCGGAGGCGGUGCUGGGCGCCAUCAGCCGCAACGCCGCGUCGGUGCAGAACAAGGAGCAGCUGUGGAGGAUGUGGAGCGCCGUGGUCAACCCGCUCACCGACACCAUCACUCAGUCUAACGAGGUGAACCAAGGUGAUGCUCUGGAGCACAACUUCAGCGCCAUGCACUCGGCGCUGCUGUUCCCCGUCACUCACCUGCUGCAUGGAGCUCCGCUGCAGCAGGCGGCUCAGAAGUCGAUGCUCUCCUCGUGGUCCAGGCUGUACAGAGUGUUUGCUCGCUGCUCUGCUCUGGUGGUCACGGCCGAGGAGAACGUCUGCUGCGAGGAGCUGUGUGCCAAGAUGGCCGCUGCGAUAGACCGAGAGGCUCUGACGGCUCCUGCAACAUUAAACGCAGUGUCCAGUAUCCUGCAGGUGAUGGUGGAGUGUGUGGACUUCUCUCCGUUCACCCCCCAGUUCCAACAGAAGCUCAAGUCUCCUCACACUCCGGUAAACUGGAUGAAAAAGAGGAAUAAGGUUCUGGGGAAUCUGUCCACCUUCCAGUCCCUGCUGGUCCAAUGUCUCGAGCUUUACCUGGAGGACUCCGAGGCCUCCUCUGAAGCCACGGGACUCGCUCUGAUCUCCGUCCUGUCGGCGCUCUUCACCAACCUCGCCCUCGCCAACACGGUGAAGGAAGCUCUGACCUCCCUGAUCCAACCGCUGACCCUCCUCUACAGACGAGCAGCUGGAGAGGAGCAACGAGUUUCUGCUCAGCUGCUGGGGAAGCUGGAGAAGCUCCUCCUCGACCUCCUCGGCUGCCUGCAGAGCCGUUCUGCUCUGGCGUUUGACUCUGAGCUGCUGGCUCUGCUCUCUCCGCUGCUCUGUGUGGUGUUUCCUCAUAAGAACAAGCAGCUCCGCCUCGCCGUCACGCAGUUCUGGAACGCCACCUUCGCCAACUCCGUCAGCCUCACCUACCCCGACGACAUCAGACCGAUCCUGAGCCAAGUGAAGCAGAAGACUCCGAUCAUUCUCCCGGGCUUCGAGGUGGUCAGUGUUCCUGAUGAGCUCAGUGGACAGUAUUCAGGAGAGAGUUCCCAGCUGGAGACGAAGCUCAGCGGGAUGCCGGUGUCCUCUGUGGGGAAGAGAGACUCUCUGCUGGGGAAAGCUGCUGAGCUGAAGGACAGAAGCUCCACCAAGACCUCCAAACCUGUCUCUACUAAGCUGGACUUUGGCUCUCCUAAACCUCCUCCCAGAGGAGUUUUGGAGGAAGACGCCUCCAUCGACUUUGUCUUCAUUCCUCCCGAGACAAAGGAGCGAGUUCUGACGGAGCACCAGAAGGAGGUGAAGAGGACCAAAAGGGUCGACAUUCCUGCCAUGUACAACAACCUUGAUGCUUCUCUGGACACGACAGUGUUCACCCAGUACACUCAGAGCCAAGAAGACUCUCUGGACAAACUGGCAACUCAACAAGCUGACAAUGUUACCAAAGAGGCUCCCGAAGAGGUACCUCAGAAAGAUGUGGAAAAAGAGGAAGACUCUGAAGUAAUAACUAAAGAGACUCAAGACUUUGCCAGCCCAAAAGAAGAGAACAUGGCAGAGAAACACGAGGAGGAAGAGGCCAUCCCUGAGUUGGCAGAUGUUUCCAUGGAGGACGAUGCAAAGAGUGAUGAUAAAGCAGAAGAAGGCACGAGUCCUAACAUCUCUGGUUCUUCAGAUUUGGUGUCAGGGACUCCCCAGAAACCAAACAGUCGCCGUCAGUCCUUUAUCACUUUGGAGACGUAUGCUGAAGGAAAGUCUGCCAGCCCUAGCAGCGCCUCCAAGUUCACAGGUCCUCUCAUAAAGACCCCCAAUAGCCAAGAACACUCUAAAACCAACAAGAGGUCGUCCUCUCGGGCUUCCAGGACAUCCACUGCUCCCAACUCUCAGGAUUCCCAGUCCUCUCAGACAGGAAAAAGCACACAGCUCCCAGUGAGUGAUGCUCUUGAGUCCCCUGUGAGGCCAAAGACAAAAAGUGAGCCAGUAAGGCUGACUGAGAGACUGCCCAGCGACCCAACAGACGAUGAAGACGUUAUCCCUGACACGCAGACUGAAGUGGAGGGAAAAGGGGAUACAAAAAUGUCUUCCUUAUCAGAGGAACUUAAACCCUCAAGCCAGGAGGAGGAAUCUGAGACUAUGGAUGAUUCCCAGUCCUCUGAGAGCCAAACCUCGCCAGGUGAACCCAGGCGGUCUGGACGCAGCAGAGUCAGACCGUUGCUGCCCGGAGAGGACCCUGAGGACCGGGAAAAGAAAAACGCGUCCAAAAGGAGACGCUCGGGAGAGGAGCCUGAAAGUGAUUCUCCAAAGUCAUCGCAAGGCAGACCAAACACGAGGAGUAAACAGGCUGCAGAGGAGGAUAGCGGCAGACUACGGACAAGGUCUCGGAGUGACAAGAGUGAUUUAAGCCAGACCAACUCUCAGGGCAAAGCGAAAAAGAAGAUGAAGCUGUACAGCAAUUCAGAGGAGUUCCUUGAUGAACCUAAAUCCAGAAGGAGAAGCACUAGAGGGCAGGAGUCCAGCCAGUCCGACCUGAUGUCUGAUAGUGAAAGCCAGUCGCAGGGUAGACAGAAACGGCAGCGCAGAGCAUCAUUGGAGAUGAAGGAUGAGGGCGGAGUUGAGAAUAAGUCCAGCAAAACUGCCACACAGGAGCUUAUAGAACCGGCCCAAAAGGAUGACGAGCCAAAGAAAGAGUCUCAAAUCAUCACUUCUUCUCCUCAGAUUGGUGGCAAAUCCCAAGAGGUUGAGAUGGUAGAACACCCUGAUAAAGAUCUUGAUAAGCUAAAGAAUUCUCAAGUUGCCACUUCUCCUCAAAUUGGGGGCCAAACCCAAGAGGUCGUGAGUGUAGAAAAGACUAGAGAACAUGUUGACAAGCUGCAGAAAGAUUCUCAGAUUGUCGCUUCUUCGCCUCAAACUGAUGGCAAAUCCCAAGAGGUUGAUGUUACAGAAAAGGGAGAUUCUCAGGCAGUCUGUUCUCCUUCAGCUAAUAACCAGUCCCAAAAUGGACCAAUCGUUACAAACAUGUCGGUGAAUAAAUCCGAGGUCGGAGACGAUGUCAAAACGAGUGAAAGCACAGACGAGAACCUCAGUCAAGAGGACUCUCAAGGGAUCACACCCUCUUCUGAGAGCCAGUCGCGGCGUAGAUCCAAAAGAAGCAAGGCCUCGUCAGAGGCGGAGUCUGAAGAUAAAAGUGAAAGUAAAGAUUCAUCAGAAAGGCAGACUAGGUCUAACUCUCUCCCCAGAAAGAACAAGGUACAAGAGGAGCCGUCAAAAUCAAGUCCUAUCUCCACCCCGGACAACUCUCAGUCCUUAGAUACUCCAGAGUCCUCUCAAGGCAGAGGCAGAUACUCAAGACGAAGAUCUACUCCAGCGGUGGUGUCCAGUAUAGAGUCCUCAGAGUCUGAAUCCACGGAGGCCAAAGAAACUCCUCCGAUAGCCAAAAAGAGAGGAAGGAAACCUCGAGCAUCUCUUCCAAGUCCUCUCACUGUUGUACCAAAAGAUGCUCUUAAUAAUGAUAAUGUAAAGGAUGCUUCUGAUGAUUCUCAAAAGGCAGACUCACAGAGCAUAGAAGUUAUAAAUUCAGUGGAUUCACAGAAAGAUUUGCAGAGUUCUGAAGCACUCCAAGGUACACAAAGCCUUGAGGUGCAAAGUAACCUAGAUUCGCCAAUGGAGGUAGAUGCAGCUGUCGAGAAAACUGAGACCAACGACGUAAAUAAGAGCGACUCGCUCGGAGCGUCACCUCAGAAGGAGAAGGAACUCCAAACGGACUCUCAACCAAACACUGAGAGUACCUCCUCACAGCAACGAGACACCAGGGACCUGCCAUCUGCUGAAGUGCUUGAAUCAGCUGUGAUCAGCGCUGAACAGACUUCGAAAGAGUUGCCCACUGAGCCGUCUGUUGAGACAACCACUAAUGAGACAACAGAGAAACUGCAGCUCUCUCAGUCUUCAGAGGAGAAAGUUUCCGAACCUGGUGACAUUGUUGCAGACAAAGAUGACGAUUCGGACUCAGACCACCGAGAACAUCAAGAUGUUCCAGUGGAGGACACAGCAGAAGAGAGUAAGUCUUUGGGCCAAAACCUGAUGGAGUGUCCAGAUGUUCAAGAAGAUUUUUCAAAGGAGCAGGAGGAGGAGGAACAGUCUUCAUCCAGCACAGAGGAGGAAUCAACAAAUCAGCACACAGAGGCCAGUGCUGACGACCUCCCACCUCCACAGGAGAUCAAUAAAGACGUCGACGCUCCGAUGGAGAGUCCGGACGAUGAGGAUGUUGAGGACGAUGUCGUUGCAAACUUGGACGCUGCACUGACUGAAGAAUGCAACGCUUCAGAGUUCUCAGAGGCAGCAAGCAAAGAAGUUUUUCUGGAUUCUCCGGCCAAACAGAAGGACCUGGAGGCUUUGAUGGCGGCAGAGAUCGGCCAAAGCCCCAGCAGCAGCAAGACCAGAGGAACCUGGUCUCCCUCAGCCUCCCCAUCCACAAGUAUCCUUAAGAAGGGCCUGAAGAGACCGCUGGAGCAGGACAGUCCCUCGCCUGUUGUCAAAUCCAGACGCGUGUCUUUUGCUAAUCCGAUCCAGCACCAGGAAAUAGCGGACGACAUUGACCGUCGCAGCCCCGCCAUCAGAACCAGCUCGCCCAGGAGGUCCAAAGUCAGCAGCAUCCCACAGCCCAAGUACGUCACCACUCCGACAAAGGGCCUGCUGGUCCUGAGUCCCAGAAAUCUGCACAGUCCAGGUUACAAGAGCUCCAAGAAAUGCCUGAUUUCUGAAAUGAGUCAGGAGCCGCGGCCGGUCUCCAGAGACUGUAUCUACCCAGCGCUGGUCAGCUGCCUGGCCCCCAUCGAAGCUGUGCUGCCUCAGAUAUCCUCCAACAUGUGGUCUCGUGGUUUCGGGCAACUCGUUCGAGCCAGAAACAUCAAAACGGUGGGUGACCUGAGCGCUCUGACUCCCAGCGAGGUCAAGGCUCUGCCCAUCCGCUCCCCCAAGAUCUCCAACGUCAAGAAGGCGCUUAAAACCUACGAGCAGCAGCGUAAAGGACGAGGCGUGGAUGAGCUGAAGAGUUUUGAUGAGAUGGAGAGGAUGACCUCUGAGCUGGAGGACAGCAGCGCUGCUCAGAACCAGGACGAGGACGAGAAGACCUCAGGAGAGACGCUCGCCACGGCGCUGCUGGACGAGCCGGCGGCUGCAGACGGGCGGCCGGAGCACGACGUCCCGGAGGACCAGACGCCCGACACGCCGGCCACAGAGCAGAGCGCCGAGGGCCGGACGCCGCCGCCGCUGCUGCUGUCGGAGGUGGAGGCUCUGAGCUGCAGGAUGAAUCCUGGAGAGCUGGCCGCCUGCUCCCCAAAGCAGCUGGUCCAGGUCCACGAGCAGCUGGGAGGCCUGAUGAGGCGCGUGGUGGAGGAGCUGCAGACGCGUCUCUGCUGCACCGACGACCAGCCCUGAGGACACGAGGAGGAGACCAGGACACGAGUGGACAUGAGUGGACACGUGGAAAGACGCGUUUUUCUGAGCGGAAUCUGCAAAGGACGUUUUCUUUCACUGCAGACGUAUUAAAUCAAAAGAUUUUAUGAAACAGGAUUUUAUGGCGUCGUCCCACCUUUAACCUUCCUUUGCUUCAAGUGUUUUUAUAUUUAAUGAUAGCAGCACUUUUUCUCCAUUUGUAGCUCGAGCUGUUGGAUAGUUUCUACGAUUUUAAAAAAACACUGAAAGGGAAUCACAGUCAUACUUUUUAAAGCUGUGUCUAUAGAAGAACUUUUUAAUGUUUGCAGUCUGGACACGGACACUGAAACAACUUUUAAGACUGCAGAAGAAAAUUAAUUUGUACAUAUACUUUCUUUCGUCGUUGUCUUCAGCUCAUCAGUGCUCUUGUAUAUUUUGUAUGAUUUCUUAGUUUGUUAUUUCACUUUGUCUUAGUGCAUCUUUAGUCUCAGAGCUUCCUGUAGACGCUGGUAGACGCUCCGCACUUCAGUCUUAAUUUGUGGUUUUAAAUCCUUCAAUAAAGGACAGAACUUAUGAUGA